AACCAAAACCAAAGGGUGGUUGAAGCAGAGAUAAGUGAUAUGCAAAACAUGUCUCUAAUAGCUUCACUCUCCUCCACAACUUCACAACUCACUUCCCUUCCUUCCCUCCCUUCUUCCACCUCUCCACUUUCUCGCAAAUUUCCCCUCACUUUCCGGGAAAAAAACAGAACUCCAAUCACACCUCACAAGCUCCCUUUUUCAGCAAGGCCUGCCACCACCAGAGUGGUGUUGGUGAAGUCUCAGGCCACAGCACCUGCUUCUUCUGAGGCUGUGGCAGUGACACCUGUGUCUUCUGAGAUGAGGGCAUGGGUCUAUGGGGAAUAUGGGGGUGUGGAUGUUCUGAAGCUGGACUCCAAUGUUACUGUGCCUGAUGUGAAGGAAGAUCAGGUUCUAAUCAAAGUUGUUGCUGCUGCUCUUAACCCUGUUGAUGCCAAGAGGAGGCAGGGAAAGUUUAAGGCCACUGAUUCUCCCCUUCCGACUGUUCCGGGCUACGAUGUAGCGGGUGUGGUGGUGAAGGUUGGUAGUCAAGUGAAGGACUUUAAAGUGGGUGAUGAAGUGUAUGGAGAUGUAAAUGAGAAAGCACUAGAAGGACCUAAGCAAUUCGGGUCUUUGGCUGAGUACACAGCUGUUGAGGAGAAAUUGUUGGCAUCAAAACCGAAGAAUUUGGACUUUGCUCAAGCUGCUGCUCUUCCUCUAGCAAUUGAGACUGCUUAUGAGGGUUUGGAGAGGACUGGAUUUUCUCCUGGUAAAUCUAUUCUUGUUCUAAAUGGUUCUGGAGGAGUUGGUAGCCUAGUGAUUCAGCUAGCUAAGCAAGUUUUUGGAGCUUCAAGAGUUGCUGCCACUUCGAGUACUAGAAAUUUGGACCUAUUGAAAAGCUUGGGAGCUGAUUUGGCUAUUGACUACACAAAAGAGAACUUUGAAGAUUUGCCAGAAAAAUUUGAUGUAGUUUAUGAUGCCAUUGGGCAAUGUGACAGGGCAGUGAAGGCUGUGAAAGAAGGCGGCAGUGUUGUGGCACUCACAGGUGCUGUUACACCACCUGGCUUCAGAUUUGUAGUUACUUCCAAUGGAGCUGUUCUGAGGAAACUAAACCCUUACUUAGAAAGUGGGAAGGUGAAGCCAAUUGUAGACCCCAAAGGUCCAUUCUCCUUUGAUAAGCUUGCUGAAGCCUUCUCUUACCUUGAAACAAACCGAGCCACUGGAAAGGUUGUUAUACAUCCAAUCCCUUGAAUCAAAUAAAAGGGAUAGGCAAUUUUUCUGUGUGUCUAGUAAACUUCACAUUCUGUGCAAAUCAGAGUUUAGAUAAAAACUCAAAAAAAUAUAAUGAACUUCAUUUUUACAUUCUUAGUACUUUAAAUUUUCCAUUACAUUUCACCUAGUUUGAAAGCAAAACAUUCUUCAAAUUUGAUCCGUAAAAGAGAGCUCUUCUUAGAUACGGGGAUAGAGUGUGUCGUCUACUCAUUCAGUUAAUUUGAAAACAGCAACAUGCUCUCUGGUUUUGUUGGAUAA